AUCUACAAGUUUCCUUCACGGCACGGCUGUCAAUAUGUCGUUAAAUCAAAUUAAUUAACAAGUCAACGAUAAAGAUUAUUUUGAUAUUUCUGUUUUCUACUAUAACUAACCAAUCAUGAAAAGAACUACUUAUAUAAUAAUUUUUUGCAUUAUUUUUCAUUUUGGGUUAAGCCGUCAAGACUCAGAAUCCGUCGGGGACUCCAUAAUUGAAGAGGAAAAUAAAAUGUUGAACAAUCAAGAGUCAAAAGAUAUUGAAGAUGAUGAAGAUUUUAAUGAAAAGUUAGGAUAUCAGUCUGAUGAAAUGGAAAAAGCAAGAGAGGCGGGUGAUGCUGCCGACCUUUUCGGUACAAACCAGCAUUACAAUAUUCCAGUGAACUACCAAGAUUUCGGAAGACGAUUUGUUCUGACAUAUCCUUAUGUGGAGAAGAGUAUCUUGAAUGAUGCCGCCGAAACCGAAUUAGACAAUAUUGUGAAGAAGUAUCUUGAAUCGAAAAUCACAUCACAAGAGCUAAUACCAGUCAAGGCCCCGCCAGAAUUCGUUUUACAAGUAGCAAAGCAAUCGGCUCUUUUGGAAGCUUCAAAACCAAUUAAUCCACCCGAUGAAAAAAUUCAAAAAGAUAUCCUUAGGACAGGAGAAUAUUGGGAUGGCGUAUGGAAAGAAGACGUGGAUGUAGAGAAAAUGCUACGAUCUGUCAAUAAAAGAAAUAAAUUGGACUAUAUCAGAGUAAAAAUUCCAUUUGGAUCAAGACUUCACACUCUCAUUUCAAAGCUCAAUAGCAGGUCUCCAAGAUUUCUUUACGUUAUAAAUAAAAAUGAAAGAUAACUAACUAAAUACUAUCAAUACU